CGUCGCCAGAUAACAGCUAGCCGGAGCUUAGCUGCACCACCACGUUGUUGUCAUCGGCCAUGUGACACCUGCUCUAGCGUCACUGGACUGAUAUCAUGAGGGGCGCCGAAACAGAAAGAAGAAGAAGAAAAAAAAGCAGCUGGCUGGACCGGACCCGGACCGGCCUUGCCUUGGAUGCGCUGCGAUGCGAUGCGAUGCGCUGCGGGUGCGGAUGCGAUGCCCGGCUGCGCAAAUUCAUCCUGUCUCGACCGGUGCUUUCCUCAGGUCAGGUCAGUCUAACGGCGCUGCUGCAGGGUUUCCUUCAUGGAACAGGCCGGUUUGAGAGGCGUCCCUGGCAUGGCGGUUUGCCUAUUCCAAUAUCACCCCCUUUCAAUUCAAGCCACUCAGCAUUUGAUUUGAUUUGAUACCUGCCAGCCUCUUAUAUUAGUACGAGUAUGUAUUUCUCCAGCCCUUGCCUUAUCACGACGCUGGGGAGAGCACUGUGCUCAUCUCAUCUUUUUUUUUUUUUUCCUUCAACCCUUCUUGGAUCAUUUCUUUGACCAUGCAAGCUCGUACG